UUGCACUUACUGCGAACAUAUUUUCAAGAAACUAAAAUGUCUUGCACGUCAGGAAGCACCACCGUAAGCAUCGCAACUCCGCCGAUGGGCGACGACAGCUGGGUCGGAUGGUUUUUAAGCCAGAUUGGCAACGAGUUCCUGUGCCGCGUGCCCCUGGAAUUUAUGAGGGAUAAGUUCAAUCUGUACGAUCUGGAGUCGGAGGUCGUCAACUUUUCUAAAUCUUUGGAUACCAUAAUGGAUCCGGAGUUUUGCGUCAACAAUUGGGUGGGCGAUGGUGCCCACAUUGAAUCGGAGAGACUGUACGGCCUGAUCCAUGCCCGCUACAUUAUGACGCCCCCAGGCAUCGAUGCCAUGCGACGGAAGUACGAGUAUGGCGACUUCGGUUUCUGUCCCCGAGUCUACUGCGAGGGCCAGCACGUCCUACCCAUUGGGCUCAGCGAAAAGUCGUACGAGUCCACGGUGAAGGUCUUUUGUCCAUGCUGCCGGGAUAUCUACACGCCAACGCGGAACAGCGCCGUGUUAGAUGGCUGCAUGUUUGGGCCCAACUUUCCCCACAUGUUUCUUAUGGAGUUGCCCACGCAUCGCCCAACGCUAUCCCAAGAAAAAUAUGUACCCCGUCUCUAUGGGUUUCAGCUGCACAAGAGCGCUUUGGAGCCAGUUCCAGAUCCAGCUGCCAAUAAGUGCGCCAACUCCAACGCCUAGUGCUUCUUCCGGUCAUGACUACCCACCAUUUAUCAUCUGAAUGUACUUAGCAUUAAACUAGUCUCAGUGCAUGGAUAUCGCCAGCGCCAGCACCACACUCACACACUCACACUAUGAAGACACACUGCAAAAGAGUUCGCUGGCGAUAUCACGCACUUGACUGAUCUCAAUA